AUGGCGGCGAGUCGAGCGAACGACUAUGCUGACUCAUCGUGCGCCUAUGUCAUUGCAGGCCUCGAUAACCUUCCGACCGAAAUACAAUUCUUGCUUGCUGAGAUCAAGCAUAAAGAGACGAGGUCACAGGAACUGCAGCAGGACAUCCAGCGAGAGACGGCCAAAUACAUCCGGCACUCCCUGCGCAGUGGCGCCGCGCCCGGGAGCUCGAAGGACGGGCAGAUGCCGCAGAAGAUCGAGGAGGACUACGAGGAGGUCGACCGGCUCGCAGAUGAGAAGCUGCGGCUCGCGCAGCGCAUGGUCGCGCUCAUCGCGCGGGCGCGGGCGCGCCUCGACCAUGACCUGAGCAAAGUGCUCAUCUUGCAGGGCGACCUCGACCCGAGCCAGCAGAACACGUUCGUCAUGACGGGGCGCAACCCCGUGCAGCAGAUCAACGAGAGCCUCCGCCACGCGCUGACGCUCGCGGACGUGCCGCCCGUGGCCCCGGUCGCGCCGACGCCUGCACCACCUAUGAAGCGGAAACGUGCGGCGGCGGCGGUGGCCCAGGCGGCGUCGAUCAAGCUCCCGAGCCCCGCGCCCGUCAGCCUCCAGCUCCCCGUCCAGCGGUCUCGGACCUCGUCGCACCGACCCUCGCCCGCGCGGGGCCGCCGAGCCGUGUCUUCUGUCGGGCCCGACGAGGACGCGGAGGGGGAGGACGACGUGGAGGACGCCGGCGACGACGGCGAGGACAACGAGGACAAGUCGCUGUACUGUUUCUGUCAGAAGAUGUCUUAUGGCGAGAUGGUCGCAUGCGACAACUCGAAAUGUCCAUUCUCGUGGUUCCACCUUCCAUGCGUCAAUCUCAAGCCGCCUCUUCCGGACGUGUGGUACUGCUCGCAUUGCACCGCGAACGGGCACGCGGGGAAUUAUGGCAUCGGCGGGACGGAGCGCUCACGGAAGAGGAAGCGGUAG